AUGGCCGUGUGGUGGUUCUUAUCUAUUGUUGAUGACAUCAUAGUCUCCGGUGAUGAUAAGGACGGUAUACAAAACACUAAAGCUUUCCUUCACUCUACGUUUGAUAUUAAAGACCUUGGUGAGCUCAAAUACUUUCUUGGUAUUGAAAUCUACCGCUCUUCGGAGGGUUUAUUUCUUUCCCAACGAAAGUAUGCUCUUGAUCUUUUGAGUGAGACAGGAAAACUUGGUGUGAAACCGGCACCUACACCACUUGAAGAAGGAUACCAGGCCAAGCGAAAGGGGGAGAAUCAGCGCAAAACUGCACCAGAAGCUCCGCUUGACCCAUUAGACGCACCAUAUGACAAUGUGACACGAUAUAGGCGCCUUGUAGCUAAGUUGAUUUAUCUUACCAUAACGAGACCUGAUAUAUGUUAUACUGUGAACCAGGUAAGCCAGUUCAUGAAAGCGCCAACCAAAUAUCACUGGAGUAUGGUGGAAAGAAUCCUAGGCUAUCUCAAAGGAAGCCGGGGCCAAGGCAUAUGGAUGGGUAAGAACUCCAAUACCGAAAUUGUAGGCUAUUGCGAUGCAGACUAUAUCGGUGAUACAUUGGACAGACGCUCAACCAUGGGGUACUGUACGUUCAUUGGAGGCAACCUUGUUACAUGGAAAUACAAGAAGCAAAAGGUGGUAUCAUGUUCGAGUGCUGAAGCUGAGUAUAGAGCCAUGAGGAAGCUAACCAACGAGCUAACAUGGCUUAAGGCAUUUCUCAAGGAUCUGGGUAUCGAGUCAAAGAAGCCAAUCAUCAUGCACUGCGACAAUCAAGCGGCAAUUCAUAUUGCAACUAAUCCCGUCUUUCAUGAGAGAACCAAACAUAUUGAAGUAGAUUUCCACAAAGUUAGAGAGAAGAUUCAAGAAGGUGUCACACUCCCAUGUUACACCCCGAGUGAAGAUCAACUGGCGGACAUCUUCACCAAGGCUUCCUGUCCAAAAGUUUGUGAAUAUAUUCCUACCAAACUUGGGCUGGUAGACCUCACACGCCCAUGA